UUUUUGAGGAAUGAAUAGAUAGGUAGGCAAGUUUCGUCGGAACUUAUCAAGACAAAACGUGAAGCUUUAAGAAACACUCCAUGGGAGCCUGAAUACACUUUUUAUGUCCGUAACAUUAGUGAUAUGAACGGCAAUGUGGUUGUACAGAUGAUAUGCAGUCAGGAUGAUAACAUUUCAGAGCGAAAGGAGCAUGAAUCUCGUGGUGGCAUCUUCGAUUUUAUUCUACUUGCCAACAAUGAACCUCCAGAUCCAGAAUCUAAACCGUCAAAGAUUGUAUUGCAGGUUAAGAGGGAGGAUGGCAUAAUGUAUAGAGUUAAUAAUGCUGAGAUACCAGAAGAGAUUUGGGAGAGAAUGAACGCGAGAAAGGUUUUAGUGGCUCUUGGAUGA